AGAAUCUUAGUUAAAUUCGUUUUUUUGGCUUUAAGAAAUGGGUUUGGGUGCAAAAUUCUAAAUUGGGUUGAUUUUAUUGUAAGUUAUAAAUUUUUGUGGUAUUAUUAAUGCUCUGUCCUUUUCUUCUAUUUUUGUUUAUCUUUUGCUUGUGGUGGAGUAGAAGUGCUAAAUUCGAGUGGGUUUUAUGAUUUUUCUGUUGUUUGUGUGAUUAGGUGGCCUGUCAAUUUUUAGUUGAUUUUAUCUAAUCUUGGGUUCUGGUUUGGGUUGACUAAAGAUAAAAAUUUUGAGUCGAUCAGUACUAUUUUGUUUUCAAUUAAUCCAUUUUCUAUUUGAGAAUCAAAAUAACUGAAUUUUUAGUUGAUCAGAAGCUGAGUAUUUUGGAUAAUUAUUUAUGUUUUAAUUUUUGGUUUAUGCAUUAACUUUUAUUUCCUGUUUUGUGGUAGAUUCUAGGGAUCAUUUCUUUAUUUGACAUGCCUUGUGGUGGGAGUGGAGUUCACUAUAUUUUUCAAUUUCUUAACUCAAUAUUCAAUUAGUUAAUAUAUUUGGGUCAUUUCUUAAUUUUGUAAACAGGGGAAGUUGGCGUCCCAAUGUAUUAUAGAAGUAGGUAAUUGAGUUUGUUGUGUAUACAUAUGCCUAUGCCUAUGCGUAUGCGUCUAUGUUUUUUCUUUUUAACUGAGCUUUUUUUAGAAUGAUUAUUUUUUUCCUUUAAAAAUCGAAUUUACGAAAUUUCUUACUAUUGUGUUUCAUUUGCUGUUUUUCUUGGUUUAUUCAAGCUUUUAAACUCUGGAUGGCAUUUUAGAUUCUCAUCCUCCUCUUUGAUUACAGGUUGAUCAGAUAGUUUAUAUUCGUUGUUUAAGGAAGUGAUUCAAUGGAUAAACAUUUGGGUAAUUCAAUUACCGGAAAUUUUGAAGGCCCAUCUAAAAUUUCAUUUGCUAACAUCCCAGGAAAAGAGAAAAGUGCAUGGGGAAUCCCCCUUGGAACUGAUGCACAUUAUACAUCAAGUGAUGCUAGUUUGUUUUCUAGCUCAUUGCCUGUCCUUCCGCAUGAGAAGCUAAAUUUUAAUGACUCUGAUCAAAGUCGUCAAUCAGUUGAUGAUGGCUUCUCUAGAAUAAAGAAAACAUAUUUAGAAGAUGAAAAUAAGGACCCACUUGAAGAUAUUGAACUGACUCCAACAGGAAGCUUUCUUCCUGGUGAUGCAGAUGAGCUCUUAGCUGGCCUUAUGGAUGAUUUUGAUCUUAAUGGGUUGCCUACUCAGCUCGAGGACUUGGAUGAUGAUUUCUUCGGAAGUGGAGGGGGAUUAGAAAUAGAGCCCGUGCUUCAAGAGAAUCUUGGAAAUGGUGCGUUGAGGUUAAGCACGUCUGAUGGUAUUAGUGGUAGCAAUAUAGCUCAUUUUGGGUUUACAAAUAUUGUUGGGGCUGUUAGCGGCGAACACCCCUAUGGAGAGCAUCCUUCAAGGACAUUAUUUGUUCGGAAUAUCAAUAGUAAUGUAGAGGACUCUGAAUUGAGGUCUCUCUUCGAGCAAUAUGGAGAUAUCAGAACUCUCUAUACCACAUGUAAGCACAGAGGAUUUGUGAUGAUAUCUUACUAUGAUAUCAGAGCUGCUCGCACUGCAAUGCGGGCAUUGCAAAACAAGCCCUUAAGACGAAGAAAACUUGAUAUUCAUUUUUCAAUUCCCAAGGAUAACCCAUCGGAGAAAGAUGUUAACCAAGGAACUCUUGUGGUCUUCAAUUUGGAUGCAUCAGUGUCCAACGAUGACCUCCACCUAAUAUUUGGGGCUUAUGGAGAAGUUAAGGAGAUCAGGGAAACACCCCACAAACGACAUCACAAGUUCAUUGAGUUUUAUGAUGUUAGAGCUGCAGAUGCAGCUCUGAAGGCUUUAAAUAGAAGUGAUAUCGCUGGGAAGCGUAUAAAACUUGAACCUAGCCGGCCUGGUGGAGCUCGUCGGAGCUUAAUGCUGCAACUGAAUCAAGAGCGAGAACAAGAUGAAUCUCGACCUUUCCACCAUCAAGUUGGUUCACCUGUAACCAACUCUCCUCCAGUGUUUGCACUUGCAGGUAGCUGGGCAAAUUUUGGGAGUCCAGUCGAUCACAAUUCAUUUCCUGAUUUUAGUCGGUCACCUGUUUUAGGGAACCUCAGCCCUGUUGGAAGUAAUCACUUGCCUGGCUUGGCCUCUAUCCUUCCAUCCCAGGUCUCAAAUCCCGUGAAGAUUGCACCAAUUGGUAAAGACCCUGGAAGGAUAAGCCAUAUGCAGUUAAUUACUAAGGCUAAUGCAGAACAAGGAGCAACUUAUCAGCAGCAUUUUUCUGUUCCUGAUUCUACAUUCAGUUCAAGUCCUGGACCCGUGUCAUCAUUUGGUGAUUCAAAGUCAUCUAGCAUUGGGACGCUUUCUGGUCCUCAGUUUCUAUGGGGAAGUCCUACUAUUCACUCCAGGUAUGUUCGGUACAGUAGUGUCCAAUCCAACAUGCCAAAAGUUCCAUCAGAGCACAUGAAUUCUGCUUGGUCAUCAUCCUUGAAGGGACCUACGUUUUCAUCCACUGGACAAAGAACUGGUUAUCCUUAUCACAGCGGGCAUGGCUCAUUUCUGGGUUCACAUCACGUUGGAUCCGCUCCAUCUGGUAUUCAACUAGAAAGCAAUUUUGGUUUUUCUACAGUCUCACAAGAAUCAUCCCAAAUAAGUCGAGCUGCAAUUGGAGCCACAAACUUAGGUCGCAACAGUGGGAAUCAUGCCAUGAAUAUGGUUGCCCAGGGGGCUCUGAACAUGGGCGUUGCUUUUACAGGAAAUUUUUCUGAAGGUAGUUCUCCGAGUUCCAGGAUGAUGCCAAUGUCCAGAAAUUCUCCCAUGUUUUUCGGAACUGGUUCUUAUGGAGGCAUGGGAGCAACUGCAACUGAUGGAUUGAUGGACUGCUAUCGAAAUAGAAGAGCUGACAGUGGAAGCCAGAUGGAAGACAGAAGGCAGUAUCAACUUGAUUUGGAAAAGAUCAUCAAUGGGGAAGAUAAUAGGACUACUUUGAUGAUUAAAAAUAUCCCCAACAAGUACACCUCAAAGAUGCUACUUACGGCUAUUGAUGAAACUCACAAGGGUACAUAUGAUUUCCUCUAUCUGCCAAUUGAUUUUAAGAAUAAGUGCAAUGUGGGGUAUGCUUUCAUCAACAUGGUGUCUUCUUCACACAUCAUCACCUUCUACGAGGCAUUUAAUGGAAAGAAAUGGGAAAAGUUCAAUAGCGAAAAGGUUGCCUCUCUGGCAUAUGCGAGAAUCCAGGGACAGGCGGCUCUUGUUUCACAUUUCCAAAAUUCAAGUUUAAUGAAUGAAGACAAACGGUGCCGACCAAUUCUCUUCCAGUUAGAGGGCCAAGGGAUCAAAGAUCUGGAACCUAGACAUACUAGUAACCUGAACAUCUUCAUACGUCAGCCUGAUGGAACUUAUGUUGGGGAUUCUCUGGACAGCCCAAAGAGUAAUCCAGAUGAGUAGCUGGAGAAAAGUGGACCACUCCCUUAAAGUGGAUGACUCCAAACUAGAAUUGGUGGACAGUAAAUGCUAACUCUCGUACAGCUUUUAUGUCGUAGUUUAUUGUAUUACCUGUGAACUGGAAUGAUAUUACUGGAGUGUCUGCUUUUCAACAUGGAUACUCCGUAUUAUCUUGGAAGAAACAUUUGACAGGGCAAAGGGAGUGUUCUGUUUAUAUGCACACCGGCAAAUGAUUUUAACAGGGCGAGGUAAUUAGAGUGAAGUUUAGCAUCAACUGAUAUGUGAAGUUCUCUCCUUUUUAUUUUGCUCCAUUUUUUGGUCCAGUUCUCACGACUGCUUAGCAGUCUUACUAAAUGUAUAGUAGUUUAUAGAGCUGGGGAGGGUCAGAAAUAUGUAUAGAAGGGAACUACAAAAAGGCCUGUGAAUUCUGAUUUUGUACACAGGAAACUGUGUAUGUGAUAUGAAUUUGCAUGACUUCUUUUGAUCCUUA